CAGAGCCCUCUGUGCCCGUGCACCACUGCCCAGCCAUGGAGGCCAUCAAGAAGAAGAUGCAGAUGCUGAAGCUGGACAAGGAGAAUGCCAUCGACCGGGCAGAGCAGGCAGAGUCCGAUAAGAAAGCCGCUGAGGAGAAGUGCAAGCAGGUGGAAGAGGAGCUGACGCACCUCCAGAAGAAGCUGAAGGGGACGGAGGAUGAGCUGGACAAAUACUCCGAGGACCUGAAAGACGCCCAGGAGAAGCUGGAGCUCACGGAAAAGAAAGCCUCCGACGCCGAAGGGGAUGUGGCAGCUCUCAAUCGACGCAUCCAGCUUGUUGAGGAGGAGCUGGACAGGGCCCAGGAGCGACUGGCCACGGCCCUGCAGAAGCUGGAGGAGGCCGAAAAGGCCGCGGAUGAGAGCGAGAGGGGAAUGAAGGUGAUAGAAAACCGGGCCAUGAAAGACGAGGAGAAGAUGGAGAUACAGGAGAUGCAGCUCAAAGAGGCCAAGCACAUCGCUGAGGAGGCCGACCGCAAAUACGAGGAGGUGGCUCGUAAAUUGGUCAUCCUGGAGGGUGAGCUGGAGCGGGCGGAGGAGCGUGCCGAGGUGUCUGAACUGAAAUGUGGUGACCUAGAAGAAGAGCUCAAGAAUGUCACCAACAAUCUGAAAUCGCUCGAGGCCGCAUCUGAAAAGUAUUCUGAAAAGGAGGAUAAAUAUGAAGAAGAAAUCAAACUUUUGUCUGACAAACUGAAAGAGGCUGAGACCCGGGCUGAAUUUGCAGAAAGAACGGUUGCAAAACUGGAAAAGACAAUUGAUGACCUGGAAGAAAAACUUGCCCAGGCCAAAGAAGAGAAUGUGGGCUUACAUCAGACACUGGAUCAGACACUAAACGAACUUAACUGUAUAUAAUCAAAACAGAAGAGUCUUGUUCCAACAGAAACUCCAGAGCUCCGUGUCUUUCUCUUCUCUUGUAAGAAGUUUCUUUUGCCAUUGAAAUCUUCGCUUUGCUGGAAAUGUCAAGCAAAUUAUGAAUAUAUGACCAAAUAUUUUGUAUCAGAGAAGCUUUGAGCACCAGUUAAAUCUAAUUCCUUCCUUUUUUCAAAAGGCACCAGCUUUUUCAGCUCUAUUUUUAUCCUUAAGUUGCAUUUAUUCAUAAGGUAGGCAGGGUAUUUUAUAUUGAGCAUACUCUCUUAAGACUGAGGGCAUUUGGUUCCUGGGAAAAUGGACAACCCUAUACUUUUCAAAAACAACUCCAGUAUCUAGUCAUGGGUCAGCUUAAAAGGCUGAAGAAUGUAUAACUUUCUGGGCCACUGUUGGUCACAUGACAGGUAACCAGGGACCAUCACAUUAAAAUAUGGGUAGGGAUUUUCCAUCCAGAGCAAAAAAAAAAAAAAAAAAAAAAAAAAAAAAAAAAAAAAAAAGGCCAGGGGGAGGGGGUUGGCUUUGUGGAAGUCUUAAACCACAGACAGAUUAACCUAAUCAUCUUGGCUCUCUCCCACACUCUACCAUGCAGAACAAACAUCUUCUGAGCAGUCAGCAUGAGAAUGCUCGGUACAUAAUCAUAUUACCCCAAUAUUUUCUGGUUAGAUCCUUGAUGUUAGGCUCUUCUUCAUGUUCCUUUCAUUCUAAAGUUGUUCUCUGAGGAGCAGAUAGCUUAUUCCAAUAAUGAUCUGUGCUUGUCUGCUGUGAUCUGAGACCAUCUCCUCAGCAGGAAUGAAAAUGGUAGAAUUCAGUCUUAUUCAGAGAAGUCCUAUCAAGAAGACCACUAGCCAUCAAUACCUGAGCAGUUGUUAACAAAUACUGGGCAGAAGGGGCCUCUCUGACAGCAAAGUAGAGAUAAAGUAAUCAGCCUAGCUUCAUGUCCUUUAUACUUCAGGGAAUGGCAAACUGAAGAUUUACUUAUGUAGGACUUUAAUUCCUUCUUCAGGACCAAGUUAAUAAAAGACCAAGAAACUCCUGAUUCAACUGGAUAUGGAGUAUUUUGUAGGCAGGGCUGCACAUUUUGGCUUUGUUAUAUUUCUGCUUUCUUGGUUAACAUCUCAGAGCUGAAACAUUCCACAUUCCCCAACAGUGUGGGGGCCAACUCAAGUUUACAAUUCUGAUAAAAUCACCCUGCUUCUAGCUUAUUCAAGUCCUCUACCCCUCACUCCUAUUUAUUAAGCAUCACACUACCCAGAAGGUACACUAGCAAAUUGUGCAAUUGAAUAAAACCCACACUUUCCAUUUAGGUUCUUGCAACUGUAUCAUAUGUAAUAGUAUCACUUUUUCUACAUUUUGGUCAAAUAAAUUUUUACAUAAACUAUAA